CGCAGAUAAUGUGUAUCGAGCUUAAUGUCCCCGCAGUGGAGCAGGGAAGCGUGGGAGCAGGUCAGGGAGCUGCUGGUGAAGAGCCUGGAGAUCCAUGAGGGAUCCAUGAGAGCAGCUGGAAGGUUCUGGGAGGUGUUUAAGCUGAGGAGAGAUGGUGUAUUUAAAAAAAAAAAAAAAAUGAGACAAGAAUAAAGCGUUCACUGAAAUGUGAGAAUGGCCAAUUCUUUAAGAGGUGAAGUGAUGAAUCUGUACAAAAAUCUGCUGUACCUUGGAAGGGAGUAUCCCAAAGGAGCAGACUACUUUAGAAGCCGUUUGAAAGCAGCUUUUCUAAAAAACAAAGAUGUGAAAGAUCCUGAAAAAAUUAAGGAACUAAUUGCCCGAGGAGAAUUUGUUAUAAAAGAGUUGGAGGCUUUGUACUUCCUCAGGAAAUACAGAGCUAUGAAACAGCGCUACUACAGUGACGACGAUCGUUAGCUGCCUUUAAUGACUUGGCAUGUAAUGGUACAAAUCCCUAAAAAUAAACAAUAAAAGAGCUAUAACCUCGGAAGAAA